UGGAAAUCGGCGAACAUUGUCUGUAAUUUUUUGCUUAUUAUCAUUAUAUCCUAUAUCAACGAGUAUGCAGUCCUGCCUGUUACCUGUGAUGUACUUGGGGAUUAAGUACAAGUACUUAAUCCUCCUAUACUCUUCGAGCAUGAACUUUGGAUAUCUAUUUAGUAUCUACACUGAACCUGAGCAGCAUUCAACCAUGUAGCAUUGAUCCAGUUAGGCAAAGCAUAUACCAUUGAACACCCUGUCUCAAGGUUGAUAUGAUAUUCUUUCUCGGCGACAGCAACGAUUGUAGGGAUGGACGUCAAAAAACCUACAUGCAGAAAUACGGUGAGGAUACAGUGAGUCCUUUAUGUGGAGAACGAUACAUCAACAGGCAGUUCCUCUUCAGCGUCCGCUGAGAAUCUAACACUGACGCCAUGAGGAACAGUUCUAUCUCCGACAAAUUUUCGGGUCGCCAGUUCCACCCUGGCAGUUACCGACGGGGGUCUCCGAUUACAUGGGGUGGCGACAGAGCCAGAGCCCGAAGGUGCAUGAGUCAGCAUCGCCGGUUACAUGGCCUGGACAGUGGUCUAGGUUGGCUGGAUCGGGACAGUCAACGUUUUUAUGCUUGUCGAUUAUCGGCAGAUACCGUCGUGGCGGCAGCAAGAAAGGCCAAGAAGGACGUGUAGCGCAUGAAAAAGUAGAGCAGGAGCAAAGCUUGGGAUGGCUAGGUCGAAAAUCGGUCGAGAACAAACCUGAGAUAAUGCCAACAAGAGUGUUCAAUUGAUACAUUUCUGAGGCAACCUUGUCGUGAUCAUUCAGUCAAAGCACUUGAGAAAGACAUUGCAAGAACACGGCCACGCCACUUCCGAAUUGACAGCGCGGUCUAUCGCAUCGAAUACUGAAGACUUGACCCCGAAUAGUAAGAUCUCCCUAACCUUCGUAGAUGGUUCCAGCUCUGGACAACUGUCGCGAAUUGCGAUAACCCAGAUGCACUUCCACUUCAGCUGACGUAGGCGGUGAGAGGACCGCAACUGACACUUGGGAGACAGUGAAAAGGCCGAGAUCAGCUUCUGGAGAGGAGUUGGGUCGAUCGCCGUCGAGGCUCCGGCGGGAAAGUAAUGUGCCGCAGUUGUGAGUAUUGACCAUAAGGAGAAUUAGGCUCAACUAUGGUGACCCUACCGGAGAAGCUGGCAAGAACGACUAACACUUUAUGGCAAUGGCAUUGUGUCGUCCAAACCAACAAAUGCGCUUGGGUUCAACGCGUCGGAGAUCAACUGCGGGGAGGAGCUCGACGUUUUAAAGUUGUCAAGAGGGUAUUCUGGCGGCUCGCUUCAAUAAUAUCUACCAGAAAAGGUCAUUAUUCAGUGACUGUUAGCGUAAGUACUUGGAUAAGAAUGAAAACCCUUAUGACUCAAGCUGAACUGUCGAACGUCCGGAGGUUUUACCCAAAACCUUCAGCACGCGACUGAGAAGGAGGAAACGCAGGCGACGAAGGUCGAGAAAGAUUACUGUGUCGAACGCUCUACUGUUCAUUUCCACGUAAAGAACAAGAGCUUCAGAUGUUAUAAGGUGUAAUGCAUUCAGAUAUGCAUAUACCUAUCGAAACAUGAGGACACAUAAAAAAGUAGAUGGGAGGCUCACCUGAACAAGCCUGUAUCACUUCAUCGUCGCCUGUCCGCAUCCACAACAUAAAACCCGUCCACGGUUUUUUGAGCAUGCACUAACAACUGGCUUCCGCAUGGUACAUCUGAGGAAGUGACACCGACUUCUAGAUCAGGCUCUGCUCCAUUUCCUAGUUCUGGUCCCCAAUGUUGAAACACUACGCCCUCCGUAUUAACAAGCUUUACAGCUUCCACUAGUCUCACGAGCUCUUCCAACUCUUGCUUUAGCUUCUCGUGGUCCUUUGUUCCCUCUCCCGGAGGAAUGAGAGCCGAUAGUUCGUGGAUCCGCACCAAGUGGGCCGUAAAGGCAUACCCAGAGCAUCUGUUUCAGCCUUGACAGUGUGGUGGGCGUAGCAUCGAGCAAAUUUGAACAACGGAAUCCCAGAACGAGGUGAACGUGGUCGUCGGAGUAAGAUCAUGAUUGUGUACGCCCUUUCCCUCCUUCUCCCUGUUUCCGCCAUCAUGUUCUGGACAUCCUUGUGUUCAACGCCGACAAUUCCCGCCAUCCCCCACUCACUCCAAAAACUCUUGCCCAAAAGACUUCCUCCAUCCCUCGCUCCAACGAGGUCGGGAACCCUUUACGAAAUUCUUUCAAAGACACCCUCCGGUGGUGUUGGAAAACACGUCCACCAGACCCGGUGGUCCAAGAAAAAAAUACCUGAUUGUUUUUGGGUCGUAACCAGGACCAAGUUCAAAUGCGAAGGCAAACACGGAAAAGCAUGGGGAAAGUUGGUGUGGAGAGGGAAAGUAGUCAGCACUCAGGAAGAAAGAAUACGAGGUUCCCUUAAAUAUAAAUGGGCCGAGGGUCGUUCAGAGUUUCCUGAGACGGCCCCAUAAUCUACUACUUUUGACAACGAACACACGUUAGGACAAAUGAAACAAUGCAGACCAUCCCAUUAUAAUGCAAGUAUUAUACGCGAAUUCAGAUGUCCGCGAAUUCCU